CCACCAUCUUGGGGAAACCUCACAAAUCUGCAAGAAUUAGACCUUAGCAACAACAUCAUCCACGGGGUUCUCCCUGAGGAAUUGGGUCGUCUUUUCAAGCUCGAGAGGUUGCUUCUUAGUGAGACAUAUGAUAUUACUGGACCUAUACCGAUAUCCCUCUCAAAUAUUACAUCUCUCAGGUUUUUGAUCCUUCCGUACAACAAACUUACUGGACCGGUACGUGUCCACUUUGGGAAUAUGCCUCGCCUCCAAACUUUGUUUCUGCCAGGGAAUAUGCUAAGUGGUGGGUUGGACUUCCUAGGGCCUCUUGCAAACUGCAGGUUCUUAAAAUUUUUGAACUUGCGGGAUAACGAACUGGAGGGUAAUCUUCCAACUAAUGUAGGUAAUCUCUCAACAAUUCUUAGGGCAUUUGUUGUCUAUGGAAAUCAUUUAGUGGGAAAAAUUCCUGUUGGACUGGGCAAUCUGUCUAGCUUGCUGUCUCUAGCCUUGGGCUACAAUAAUCUGGUUGGAGCAAUACCAACUGAAAUCACAAUGCUAGAAGGCCUUCAGUGGCUAGGGCUUGAGAGUAACAGGAUAUCUGGGUUCAUCCCACAAGAAUUCGGCCGAUUAAGAUACUUGUACAAACUUCACCUUGACGGAAACAACCUUUCUGGAUCCAUACCUGACUCAAUGGGAAAUAUCAGUGGUCUACAGCACCUGAAACUGAGUGCCAAUGCAUUAUCUUCAGGAAUUCCGCAAAGCUUGUGGAGUAUGACUAGCCUACUUGAAUUAAACCUAUCACGUAACUUUCUCACUGGAUCAGUUUCUUCAGCGGUGGGAAACAUCAUGUCCUUAGACACGUUCGAUAUGUCAAUGAAUCAGUUAUCAGGUGAGCUUCCAAGCACUUUAAAAGAGCUCCAACUGCUAAGAUUUUUGGAUCUUUCAAACAACUACUUUACUGGUCAAAUUCCUCGAUCCUUCAGUGAGCUUAUUAGUAUUGAGGCUUUAAACCUUUCGUGCAACACUCUCUCAGGAGAAAUACCUGAAUCCUUAGCCAAUCUCUUGUACCUCCGCAGUAUCAACCUGUCUUUUAACAAGUUGGAAGGAAAAAUUCCAAGAAAAGGUGCCUUUUCGAGUAUCGCUCUCUCAUCUUUAGUAGGGAAUGCUGGACUAUGUGGAGCGCCCAGUCUAGGCUUUUCACCUUGCUUUACAAAUCCACGCUCAGGACUUUAUUUGCUAAAGUAUAUCCUCCCUCCUAUUGCUCUCAUUGUAAUCCUUUUUGUUUGUCUUUGCAUCAUCUUGAAAUCGUAUUGGAAACAAACAAGUGGAACAUCACCUGCAAACACUUAUCCAAAUAACUAUAGAUUGAUCUCAUACCAUGAGCUUGUUCGUGCCACUGGAAAUUUCAGUGAGGUGAACUUAUUGGGAAGAGGGGGCUAUGGGUCUGUCUACAAAGGAUAUUUAGAUGAUGGUCUACUCACUGCAAUAAAAGUAUUGAAUUUGGAAGUUCCUGGAGCUUCGAGGAGUUUUGAUGUUGAAUGUCAUGCUUUGAGCAUGGUUCGCCACAGAAAUCUUGUCAAACUCCUAAGUACUUGUUCCAACGUGGAUUUCAGGGCACUCGUCCUCCAAUUCAUGCCUAAUGGUAGCCUUGAAAGAUGGCUCUACUCCCAUAACUACUGCUUGAGCUUACUUCAAAGGAUUAACAUAGUAAUCGAUGUAGCUUCAGCUCUGGAAUAUCUUCAUCACCACCACCCUGAGGUCACACUGCAUUGUGAUCUGAAACCGAGCAACAUUCUUCUUGAUGAAGAAAUGACUGCACGUGUAAGCGACUUUGGAAUUGCAAGACUAUUGGUAGGUGAUAGCUGGGGAGUCAUGUCAGCCAGCACCCUAGGAACAGUUGGGUAUACAGCUCCAGAGUAUGCAAUUACAGGAGGAGUCUCGAGAAAGGGAGAUGUUUAUAGCUUUGGAAUAUUGUUGCUAGAAAUCUUCACAAGGAAAAAACCUACUGAUCCUAUGUUUGUUGGGGAAUUCAACAUGAGGCGAUGGGUAUGUGAAGCAUAUCCUACAGCUCUGCUUGAAAUUGUGGACCGUAAUCUUUGGAAAGAUGGGUCUGGAAUUGAAAGGCCAAGUGAAUAUAUAACUCCCAUGUGUGCAUGUCUGUCUUCAAUGAUAAAACUGGGCAUAAUCUGUUCAAGAGACUCGCCGAAAGAAAGGCUAUUGAUGACACAAGUUGCUCCGGAAUUGCAUAAGAUCAAAAUGGAGUAUUUAUCAGCACUCCACAAAGUUUGAAGCAGGGCGUAAUUUUCUGUAGCAUCUGGGAAGUAACUUUUGGUGGAAUCAAAUUUACCCAUCAUACAACUGUCAGCUAAGAACACACUUUGGAGAAUUUCGUUUGCUUGUUGAGUUUUUAUGGUAUACCCUGCUUAUUUGUUUGUUUAUUUUUGUUCUUCUUUUCUUUUAAUUUUUUUCUUCUAAAGAAAUGUAGCCUAGUGACCUGCAUUUCUUAAUAAUUGCGGAAUUUGGCCUCCUUGUUCUCCUUUCUACUACAAUACAUUA